AUGGCUUUAAUAUUAUUAUCUUUAAUUGUUGGUCUGCUGAUAAUACAAACGACAAAUUCUCAAGCAGAUCAAUGUGAUUGCGAGAAUGAUUACGAUUCACCAUUCUGUGAUGGAAUUGAAAAUAAAGAAAAUGACUGCUAUGUUGGUGGUGAUAAGCAAAGGCUAUCAGCUAAAGGUUUACAUUGUGCAAAAAGCUGUGAAACAUGCUGCAAGUUACCACGUUUUAAAUGUAACGAUCGUGGAGUUCGUUUAAACUGUGAGAGAAUGAAAACAAGUGGUUUAUGCAAAACAAAAAAUGGAGUACUCCUGUCGCUAAUUAGUGUAGAAUGUCCUAAAACAUGCGGUUUAUGUGGUCAAGAAUGUAUUGAUAGUAAUGCCGCAAUUUGUCGCAUUUUGAAAUCAAGUUGUGAAAAUGAAGAAUCAAAACGAUUAUGUCCUCAAACAUGCAAUGUUUGUCGACCAUUAAAUAUUUGUUUCGAUACGACAGAAUAUUGUUCGUCAUUAAAAGAUAACUGUAAUGAUCCAAAGCUAAAACCUCUGAUGCAAUUAUCAUGCAACGAAACAUGCGGCUUUUGUCAUUCAGAAUCAUCAACAGUAAAGCCUGACUCAACUGAUCAACAAUGCAUUGAUACAGAUCAAAGAUGUGUCGCAUGGGCAGCUAAUGGAUUUUGCACAAAUUCAUUCUACAAAUCAUUAAUUAAAAAAUGUUUGAAAACGUGUCGUCUAUGUUGA